GGCUUUCGCGAUCCCGCGUCCCGCUUCGUGCUGGCUUUGGCGAAGCCCAGCCAGGGGGAAGGGGAGUCACGGGCCGACCUCUCCAGGGACCCUCAGGCCCACGGUCCAAGUCGCAGUCGGGGAGCACCGGCCUCGCGCGCGGGUCAGGGUCAGCGUUCUCGCCCCGCCCCCGAGCCUGCCCCGCCCUUCUUUUCGCAUUGCGGGGCGGCUGGAGGUUGGCACUGUGCCCCUGUACCCCACGUGGCGCUAGGUCCCGGCUGGGGUGGGAGUCUAGAGAGGCAAAUCUAGAGAAAGUCUCCCCUCCCCCCAGGGCUGGGCUGCGGCUGCCUCUGGGAGGGGUCGUGGGGUAGCUAAGCAGAGAGGGCUGCGGGAAGAAGUGACGUCAGGGUGAGUGGGCGCCCAGGAAGGGGUGUGUAGGAGGCCGGGAACCAGAGAGGACGGACCCGAGCAGGUCGAGGGAGAAGACAGGACAAGGAGAGAGGAAAGAGGAAGGAGUCAGAAGCCGCUGCAGAGAGGGACUGCAGGCCAGAUGGAUUAGGGACUGCUGUCGUCAGGGGAAGCUAGAAGAAAAACAAGGGCUGGAUAGGGAAAGGGGGCAGGAGAGCAGUGGAGGAAGGAGAAACGAGCGGAGCGGGAGUGGGAGACAGGGUUGAGAGAGAUAGAGGCAGAUAGAGACUGCGGGAAGGAGAAAGAAGAGAGGGGUCAUAGAAAGGACUAGAGCGAGCUCAGAGUGAAGACAGUCAAAUAGAGCAAGAAAAGGAAGAGGGGGAGAGGACGAGCUAGGGGGAAGACAGGGAAACGUCUGUUGAGGGGCCUGCAGGAGGGCAGAGGGAACAGGAGUGGGAUGUGGAAGGGCAGGAACCAGGAAGCUGCCAUCGAGGGGACAGCUGGAGAACUGGGGGGGCCCGGGAUCUGGGGUCCGGAAGAUGCAGCAGGCCUCUUGGCCAGGGCCUCUUUGACUAUCAUGUUUCCAUGGCCACUGCCCCUAGGCUCCUCAACUCUUACUGUGCUUCUAGGAGCCCUCACUUCUCUGUUCCUUUGGUACUGCUACCGCCUGGGCUCCCAAGACAUGCAGGCCCUGGGUGCUGGGACCCGUGCUGGAGGUGUUAGUGGUGGGCCUGAUGUAUGCUCUCAGGCUGGCCCAAGAGGCUCUGGAGAUCCUGGGGAAGGACCCAGGGCCGAGGGUCUAGUGAGCCGGCGACUUCGGGCCUACGCUAGGCGCUACUCCUGGGCUGGGAUGGGCAGAGUGAGGCGGGCAGCUCAUGGAGGCUCUGGCCAAGCAGGAGGGACAGGGGUCCUGGGCAUUCAGCGCCCAGGCCUACUUUUCCUACCAGACCUGCCUUCGUCCCCCUUUGUGCCUCGUGAUGCCCAGAGGCAUGAUGUGGAGCUCCUACAGAGCAGCUUCCCCGCCAUUUUGCGGGACUUUGGGGCUGUGAGCUGGGACUUCUCAGGGACUACCCCUCUGCCUCGGGGCUGGUCCCCACCUCUGGCCCCUGGGUGCUACCAGCUCCUGCUGUACCAAGCAGGCCGGUGCCAGCCCAGCAACUGCCGGCGGUGCCCAGGAGCCUAUCGCGCGCUGAGGGGGCUGCGGAGCUUCAUGAGUGCUAACACCUUCGGCAAUGCUGGUUUUUCCGUUCUCCUGCCCGGGGCGCGGCUGGAGGGCCGCUGUGGACCCACCAAUGCCCGGGUUAGAUGCCAUCUGGGCCUGAAGAUCCCCCCUGGCUGCGAGCUGGUUGUUGGUGGUGAACCUCAGUGCUGGGCUGAAGGGCACUGUCUCCUGGUGGAUGACUCCUUCCUGCACACAGUGGCUCAUAAUGGAUCCCCUGAAGAUGGGCCUCGAGUGGUCUUCAUUGUGGACCUCUGGCACCCCAACGUGGCUGGGGCUGAACGCCAAGCUCUGGACUUUGUCUUCGCACCGGACCCUUGAAAGAUGUUGCUCCCUUCUGGCACCUGAGCUGGAGUGAUGCUGCACCCAGGACCCUUGAGUGGUGGUCAGGGCUUCCUUUCCACUGGGGGGGGCAGGAGGGUGUGCUGACGCCGUCAGCACUGAAAUACAAAUUCUGAAUCCUCUCCUA